CUGCCUUGCUGCAAAUGGGUUUUGGGGAUUUCACGUACUUGACUUCGAGCCUGUGUCAGGUUUAGACAGUCUCGAAAAAAAGCUCUGUAUGAUUAAAAAUCCAUUAUGUAAGAUAUAUUUAGGUUACGAUUGUGGGGGGAGGGUAUGUGUUACAGGCGGAAAUGUAUUAAUACGCAACCGACGCGUCGUAAUGAAACAACCUCAUUCAUAGUAGUCAUAUUUGCUUUCUAGUAAACAUUGGGAAAAUACAAAUGGGUUUAAAAACUUUUUCUCUUAGCGACCCGCAGGGAAAACCCCUAGUAUACAGUUACUGCUAUAAAAGUUGUAUCGGUGCCUUAUGUUCAUUAGACCAGCCGAAACGGUUACCGAGACAGACAAACGACAAUGACACCAACUUGCAUUCGACUUUGUGUUGCUGCUUGCAUGCUGCUGGCCACGAUAUUCUCUUCACUACCCAACAGCUAUGCCAAACCUGUGUCAGCCACUAAUUAUACGAAGUGCUUGGAUAUCACCAGACAGAUACUUGACAAUAUGAACAACGUGAACGGACACAACUUUUGGAUGAAACUUAAUGUUGGUUUUAACUGCACCUCAGAUGAGCUGAAAGACAUCACAAACGGCUUAACGGUGUCCUACUGUGAACCAGACGUAGCAGGGGAGAUUUUCGGAUGUGAAAGAAAACGGAAAGCCCCUUUCAGUAAGGAGGACUGCCUUAAGAGCAUAACAAGUGACAUACUGAUUUACAAAGAAGAAAUAAAGAACAAUGUGGAAUUCAUUCCAAAUGACUUUAAAUUGACAGACAAACUGGAUGAACUUGUAAAGGCUUUGGGAAUCUCUACUGUGGCAAAAAUUCCCCAAAAAGAGGAAACGGAUGAAAAUUCCUUCAGCAAAAGGUGGAACUUUUGUAAGGUCCUGCAGUCUUUCAAACUUCGAAUCAUAACUGUUAGUCGAACACUGAACUACAUCAAAGCUACAUCAUAAAUCUGGAGUUUGUACUCUUAGCCUUUGGUUGGAGGAUCAUAUUCCACAAGAGUUCAUGUUUGGAUACUCAACUGUCUAAAAUAAGCUAAUAUUCACAAGUUAAAACAAAACAAUAAUGAUGCUAUAUUUAUUUUUUAUUGGAUAAAUUAUUUUAUUUAUUCAGCAUAUGCUGAGAUUGUUAUUUAAUAUUUAUUUUUUAUUUCUUUGAUUUGUUUUGAAAGUUUGAUGUCAUGUAAAGUACUCUAAAAGACAGAUUGCUAGGCAACUUAUGUUCUUAAUGCAAUUAUGUUCAUUUAAAGAAAUGCACUGUCUGAAAUAUUGUUUGCAAGAUUAGUUUGUAAUCCACAUUUAUUAAAUUACUGUUGUUCAAAAAGCAGAGUGAAUUAUGAACUAAACUGACAAAUGACCACUGACAAAUCAUGUAUUUAUUUAUAAAUUUUAUUGCUAAU